GGACAGCAGGCAUUCUGCGCUGAUUUUUCCUGUUGCCUGGCUAGUGACCCCCUACAGGAAGAUAACGGGUUAGCCAGGAGGGCGGAGCAGCUGGCUGCACAUGUCUGGCUGCUCUUAUCAACUUAUCAUAUAAGGAAAGGAAAGUGAUUGAUUCGGAUACUGACACUGUAGAGUCUGGGAGGUGAGAGAGACAAAGGAGCACGAAGGCUGCUCUGUAAAGCCAAUGCAGCCCUCCCGAGUGAGCAGGACAGUUCUUCCCACUGCAAUCUGACAGUUCACUGCAUGCCGGGAGGAAAGGCAGCAUUGAAAACCAAGUUUGCCACUGGGAAGGGAGGAAAAAGAAGACUUUCGUCGAUGGACCCAGCCAUGGCAGCUUAGCCCUGCCUUUCAGACGGCAGCUCAGGACUCUGGACUCCAAUGUGCCUUGAGGUUUGCUAAGCUGGUGGUUUAUUACCCGAAGAAAGAAAGAAUGUGGCAGAUUGUUUUCUUUACUUUGAGCUGUGAUCUUGUCUUGGCUGCAGCCUACAGUAACUUUCGGAAGAGCAUGGACAGCAUCGGGAAGAGGCAGUACCAGGUCCAGCACGGCUCCUGCAGCUACACGUUCCUCUUGCCGGAGAUGGACAACUGCCGCUCUUCCUCCAGCUCCUAUGUGUCCAAUGCCGUGCAGAGGGACGCGCCCCUGGAUUACGAUGACUCCGUGCAGAGGCUGCAAGUGCUGGAGAACAUCAUGGAAAACAACACGCAGUGGCUGAUGAAGCUUGAGAACUACAUCCAGGACAGCAUGAAAAAGGAAAUGGUGGAGAUGCAGCAGAACGCGGUCCAGAACCAGACGGCUGUGAUGAUAGAAAUAGGAACGAACCUGCUGAAUCAAACGGCGGAGCAGACACGGAAACUAACUGACGUGGAAGCCCAAGUAUUAAAUCAGACAACGAGACUUGAACUUCAGCUUCUAGAACACUCCCUUUCUACAAACAAAUUGGAAAAACAGAUUUUGGAUCAGACCAGUGAAAUAAACAAAUUGCAAGAUAAGAACAGUUUCCUAGAAAAGAAAGUGCUGGAUAUGGAAGACAAGCACAUAGUUCAACUACAGUCCAUAAAGGAAGAGAAAGAUCAGCUGCAGGUGUUAGUAUCCAAGCAAAAUUCCAUCAUUGAAGAACUAGAAAAACAAUUAGUGACUGCCACAGUGAAUAAUUCGGUUCUUCAAAAGCAGCAACAUGAUCUGAUGGAAACAGUUCAUAAUUUAUUGACUAUGAUAUCAACAUCAAACUCAGCUAAGAACCCCUUUGCUGCCAAAGAAGAGCCAAUCAUUUUCAGAGACUGUGCUGAAGUAUUCAAAUCGGGACUUACCACUAACGGCAUCUACACGCUAACUUUUCCUAAUUCUACAGAAGAGACAAAGGCUUACUGUGACAUGGAAACCGGCGGAGGCGGAUGGACAGUUAUUCAGCGACGUGAAGAUGGCAGUGUUGAUUUUCAGAGGACUUGGAAAGAAUAUAAAGUGGGAUUUGGUAACCCUUCAGGAGAAUACUGGCUGGGAAAUGAGUUUGUUUCACAACUGACCAAUCAGCAACGCUAUGUGCUUAAAAUACACCUUAAAGACUGGGAAGGGAAUGAGGCUUACUCAUUGUAUGAACAUUUCUAUCUCUCAAGUGAAGAGCUCAAUUAUAGGAUUCACCUUAAAGGACUUACAGGGACAGCCGGCAAAAUAAGCAGCAUUAGCCAACCAGGAAAUGAUUUUAGCACAAAGGAUGCCGACAACGACAAAUGUAUUUGCAAAUGUUCACAAAUGCUAACAGGAGGCUGGUGGUUUGAUGCAUGUGGCCCUUCCAACCUGAACGGAAUGUACUACCCACAAAGGCAGAACACAAAUAAGUUCAACGGUAUUAAGUGGUACUACUGGAAAGGGUCAGGCUACUCGCUCAAGGCCACAACCAUGAUGAUCCGACCAGCAGAUUUCUGAUGCCUGUGUGCACCUGACGAAGACGGUAUCACACUAUGUUCAAAGACUUAAUUCCAAAGCACUAAAAGACACGGCUGCACGCUGUUCCUCCUCCUCCGCAGAGGGCGUGCUCUUAUGUGCUGAUGGGAUCCACGUGCUCCUCAUCAGAGCCCCGUAAGCUCUAUCACCUAAACUUGCAUCACAUAACGAACCAAAGCGAAACCCGAAACACCUGGUGUUACGAUCUGGUUGAACACCUAUGCAAGGAUGAAUCCAAGCCUGAGAAUCAGACUGACAAUUUACAGACGCUGCUGUCACAACCAAGAAUGUUAUGUGCGAGUUUAUCAGUAAAUAACUGGAAAACAGAACACUUAUGUUAUAUAGCACAGAUAAUCUUGGAACUGCA